AUGCCUACAUCUACACCACGCGAAACUAAAUCCAAUGGCAGAUUCGCACGGUUCUGUCGUAAAAUUGGCCGAAAGCGCAGCAACUUGGAGACAAGUGAUGUGAUCCGGAGCGAUCAAAUGGCUGUGUCGUCCCAUUUGACCAGAAAUGACAAGCACACCGAUCCUAUCGUGCCAUUCAGCCAGGCUCCUGGUGGUCGCAGAAGCUCCAUUAGCACCCAACACACUGUUGCCGGAGGACACCUGAGCACCGAUGUUGUAAUAAUGCAGGACAACUCGGACACCGACCACAUAGAUGCUGAGUCUCUUGCCCUUGAUAUCUGGAGCGCCGCAUACCGUGAGGCUGUGGAGAACAGCCCUGAUGAGAGGAUACAGAAACUCAUACUUAAGGGCGAAAAUGCUGGACAGCUACUUAGACAACUUGAACACGACGAAGAUGGCUUGGUCGAAAACUCGCUCUUUCGGCGAGGAAUACACUGUUUGAAGACAGUUCAAGAGCCCACUGUUGGCACAGCUUUCGGGGUGCUGAAAAGUGUGACCGCGGUGGCAAUCAGCGUCUCUAGUCUCGACAGACCUUUCGCUCAGCAAAUUGCGAAUAUGCUACGGCAGGUCCCUAUCAUUGACGAAUGCGAUAUAUUGGGGCAGAAACUAGAGAAGAGUGAUGGCAUCCACGACGCAUUGGUUCUCGUAUACACGAAUCUCCUGGACUUUUACGUUGCGGCUUUCGAAACGUUGACAGCGAGUGACUUCAAGUUUGUGAAGGGGGUGAUAGUAGAGAAUCAGCGCAUGCCAGGACUUGUGUCAGAGUUUCUCGACCAUGUGAAGCAACUGAAAAGUCAUAUUGGAAAUGCCACAUUGAGGGUCGUGCAAGAACUCAAGGAUCUCAUAAAGGAUACGCGGAUCGAAACCCUUUUACGUACAGAGAACACCCGAUUACAGGACAGUCUUCACGAUAAGUGGCAACACGAGAAACAGCGAGCUCAAGAGGCCUGCAGCUGGUUUGUCAAUGAACCAUUGUUCCUUGACUGGUUUCACAGCACAAAGUCUGAGCUACUCUUGUUUUGCUGCAAUUUGGGUUCCGGCAAGACUGUGACCAUGUCAUAUGUCAUAGACACAAUCAUCCAGCGCAACCAGAAUGAAUUACCACGGGCUCUGAUUAACUACCACUAUUGCAAAAGCGAUAAUACAGGGGACUCCAUCAAAAUCUAUUCGAAUCUUGUUUUACAGCUCCUGAAUAGGCAAAAGGCCCUCAAGAAGAAUUUCCUCGAGUGGGAACGUGAAGUACGAAGUUUGGGGAUCCAUUCUCCAACGGAUAAUGUGCGAAAGUUGGGUCAAUUCUAUUUAGAUUCCGUUGCCGGGCUCGACCGACCGCUUUUCAUUAUCAUUGAUGGGUUAGACGAAUGCGAUCAGGACUCUCGCGACCAACUUCUUGAACUAUUUCAAGAAAUCUUACAAGGAAAGUCUAGAGUCAAGAUACUUUGCUCAACCCGGCCAAUGCCCAGCAUUCUGAAGAAGCUCGGAAGCAUUGCACAGAUUCGGCACACUCCUGACAAGCACCGAGAUGACAUCCUUGUUGAACAUUUUGUCCGACAAAAAUUGGGAGACAGGGAUCCUGAAGUUCAGGAACUUGUGACAAACAAGUUAUCUGAAAUGGUACAAGGAAGUGCCAUAUGGGUUCAGAUGACAGUGAAAUAUAUUCAAGCCUCUGGAACUCAUGAUUUCUACCAUAUGAGAGAGCUUUUGCGAACCUUACCGCCCCCAGAAGAGCUAUCAACCAUGUACUAUAAAUUGUUCACCAGCUCGAUUCAAGACCAGGGCGAUAAUCGACUCAUCGCUUCUUCUGCGCUGGAAGUACUUGCUGUCUGUUGCAGACCACUGAGCAUCGAUGAACUUGAAUGGGCCGUGGCCAUGGUCACGAGAAAAGACAUAGUUACUGUGGAGGACCUCAGAAAGGCUGUUAAUCCUAAACGAGUUAUGACUCUGAUUGGCCCUUUCAUUGACCAGUUCGACGAGGGAGAUCGGAAAAAACGCCAAAUACGUGUCGUACAUCAAUCAUUGAAAGAGGUUGUGAUACAGAACGAGCCAAUGAGUUGGUCCUCUCAUGAGUACCGACUGUCUCCAGCAGACGAGUCACCCUUCCCACGCAAGGGGCAGCUCGAAGCCAAGAUUUUACAAGGAUGUGUCAGGUAUCUGCUGCUACACGAAAUUGACACCAGGUCAUUGCUCUCAGAGAAAGACCAAGAUAUUGCAACUCUUCGGAGCGCAAUGCCGUUUGGAACUAUGAAUGACAUUGAUGAAGAUGAGGACACCGAGGGUAAAUACAUCGGCGAGGAAACAUUCGACCCAAUGGAUAUCGGCUUCGGCGGUUUCUUUACUUUAUGGCUGUUCCGAGAAGCUAUGUCUCACUGGGAUAAAUCGGAGAACAAGGAACGAGACUUGCUUUUCGCCUUUCUUGUUGGCCUUGCCAGAAAGGUUGUCGACAUUAUGGUCGAAAAGCAAUGGGGCAACGAACUGCUUUGCCAGGUGGCGAAGAUGGGCUGUCUGCCUAUUAUCGAGAUGCUAUUCGACGAGGCUGCCCACAAUGCAGGAUUGAAGGAAGAGUUGCUUCGCGAUCGCAUUCGGGAUCCUCAGGCUCGUCCCGGCGAAUGGGGCACCCACCAGUCAGUCGGCGAGGCCGUUUUGCACAAUCAUGUCAACAUUGUUGUGUUUCUUCUAGAGCAAGAGGGUAUCGAUGCUCACAAGCGGCAUAGCAAUAAGAAUGGAUACAUUGUAUUACAUUUGCUUGCCCGUAACUUGAAUCCGGAGAUGGUGCAGCUUCUGGCAUCACACUUGCAAGAGGACAUCAACCAAGUGGAGAACGAUGAAACAGCUUUGACGAGAAUACUUUUCUCGACGGUUGGUGCUAAAAAUCGUUUCCUUUGUGCGCAAAUACUCCUUCAAGCUGGUGCCGAUCCAGCAAUUCCCGAUAACAGACCUUUCCGGAGGGCUGUCAAGACGAAUGACUAUGACAUGUGCCGUCUCAUGGUUGACAUCGGCCACGCUGACCAUUUAUCUGUCAUGGCUAAGGAUGAGAAAGGACAUUAUUAUCUCAAGGACCAUAUGCAUGACAGGACUUUGGAGCCUGCAAUGAUACGCGACUUAUGUUCUUUAGCUAGACUUGUUCAAGAUCGCCCUCCGAGAUCUUGA